UUUCAGAUAAAACUCACUACCCAUAAGCCAUUGCCAUACUUGCGGAAGUCCUUUUCUUCCUUUCCGCCGUCGCUUGAGUUCCUUUUGGACACACAUCGGCUGUCACAAUGGCAGCCCUCAGGCCCCUAACAAAACCUAAGAUUGUCAAGAAGCGGACCAAGAAAUUCAUUCGCCAUCAGUCAGACAGAUAUGUUAAAAUUAGGAAAAACUGGCGCAAGCCCAGAGGUAUUGACAACAGGGUCCGCAGGAGGUUCAAGGGUCAGAUGUUGAUGCCCAACAUUGGUUAUGGAAGCAGCAAGAAUACCAAGUUCAUGCUACCAACUGGCUUCAAGAAGUUCCUGGUGCACAAUGUCAAAGAGCUUGAGGUCUUGAUGAUGAGUAACAAGACUCAUUGUGCUGAGAUCGCCCACAAUGUCUCCUCCAAGAACAGGAAGCUGAUUGUGGAGAGGGCAGCUCAGCUGGCAAUCAAGAUCACCAACCCCAAUGCCAGGCUCAGGAGCGAAGAGAAUGAAUAAACUGGUCAUUUACAAUAAACUGUUUAAAAUCAAAA